GCGUUUCUAGAAGAAUAGGCUAUUGUGUAAUUCUCCAAUGACUUUUCAAUGUUGUGUGAACACAGUGCAAUUUCUAGAUGUAGGCUAUAAGCAAGAUAUGAAAAUGCAAGAACCAUAUUUAAAGGGGGUUAGAAGUGACAGUCAGAUAUACAAAAUACUUGAAACACAUCCUCAUAACAAGCAAAACAUUAGAAGAAAACAUUUAAUGUUUGCUUCUUUGUCGGAUUUUGCGAGUCGCUCCAACAGCUACACAUCACAGGUUAGGCUCCAUCAGUAACAUACAAACCGCAAAUUAAUUUGGGCUCCUUUGAGUUUCCGUAGUUUGUGGACAAAGCUGGAAAAAGUUGACUUCUGACCGUUCCCUUUGAUGUCAGUGUGACCAUUCAGCGUUCAUUCAAUAUGUUUACAUUUAGGAAUGCAUUGCGCAAAUCGUCGAAACUGUUAGCAAGUAUUAACUCCAAUACUGCGUUCGGGCAACAUGCCUGUAUCUCCACUGGGCCUCAGCAGCAACACGGCACCUUUUACGAGUUUCGCACCUACUGCAUCCGUCCGGAGAAGAACGCGGCCUUUCUAAAGCUGACCAAUGAGAAGAUCAAUCUGCGCACAGCCCACUCAGAGCUGCUUGGCUACUGGACGGUGGAGUACGGAGGCCUGAACCAGGUCUUCCACAUCUGGAAGUAUGACAGCUAUUCUCAACGGGCAGGAGUGCGGGCAGCCCUGUCUCAGGACCCCACCUGGAUUGAGGACUACAUCUCCAAGGCAAUGCCCAUGCUGACGUCGCAGGAUAAUGAGGUCACUUACCUGGUUCCCUGGAGCCAGAUUCAGAUGCCUCCCAAGGAAGGCGGGGUGUACGAGCUGGCGUCGUUCCAGAUGCACCCUGGGGGUCCGGCCGUGUGGGGCCAUGCCUUCCAGGCUGCCGUCAGCGUCCACACCAACCCCGGCUACGCUCACCUGGUGGGGGUCUUCAACAGCGAGUUUGGGCCGCUCAACACAGUCCAUGUCCUGUGGUGGUUUGAGAGCGCAGACCAGCGAGCGGCGAUACGACACGAGGCCCACGAUGACGCCAGGGUGGUGGCUGCAGUGAGAGAGAGCGUCACCUACCUGGAGACUCAGAGAAACAAGCUGCUGUUCCCCUGCUUUUUCUCCCCCCUCAAGUGACCCCCCCCCUCCCCCCCGGGGAUCAGCCCAGUCAGGACUGUUCUCUCUCGACUGGCCUGGCUUUCAGCUGAAAGGCUUGAUGAUUAUGGACAUGUCUGUUGUCAGUUUAAACUGGAACCUCAUCAAUGAACGCAGCUGGAUUGUAAGGGACGAAUGAUGUCACCAUAAGUUGCCAGGAGAUUUAUCACAUUAAAUACUUUUUGGACUCAGACGACAUAUUUUUGUGACACUUUGGACCACAUCAAGUAGCGUGCAAAAUCCUGUUAGUCCUGUUGAAUGUGUUUGAUACAUACGUGCUUAUUACAUCAAGUGAAUGUGUCUAUCAUUGAUUACAUCCAGCUAUGAUUUAACGAAUGUUAUGUACUUAACUUACUUACUUAACUUAACAUUUUUGAACACUGUUCAAAAAUGAAUAAUGUAUUAAAGAACAAUUUAAUU